AUGUAUUAUCUGGUGAUCGAGCUGGACGAUGAUUACCAGAGAGGGUUAGAAGAACCCGGCAACACCGGUGUUGUUAAGGAGGAUGCCGAGCGGAUUACUCAUCUGGAAAAAAUAAUAACCUCCACGGAAGACAUUGAAGAUUCGUACAGGGCGAUGGUUGUGUGGAAAUUUGUCCAAUCACCUACAGAAGCAACUACACAUAAUUCAUCAUCAAUGGUGGACGAUGUGAAAAUAAUAGACCGGUCAAUCGAUGGAGUUGAUCAAGUAGAGAAAGCUAACGCAAAAAGGAAUAGUGUUUUGCUUCAGGAACAUCGGUAA